GGAAGGAGACAUGGGAAAAGUUGGGAUCAUAAGCGUUGCAGUAUUGGCGUGUUUGAUAGUGACGGCGAACGGUGAACAAUGCGGUCGACAAGCGGGUGGGCAGACAUGCCCAAACAAUCUGUGCUGCAGCCAAUACGGUUACUGUGGCGACACCGAUGAUUACUGCUCUCCCUCUAACAACUGCCAAAGCAACUGUCGGGGCGGCAGCGGCGGAGAAAGUGCAUCUAAUGUUCGGGCUACAUAUCAUUACUAUCAACCGGAGCAACAUGGAUGGGACUUGAACGCUGUCAGUGCUUACUGCUCCACCUGGGACGCUUCCAAACCUUACUCAUGGCGCAGCAAAUAUGGAUGGACAGCUUUCUGUGGCCCCGUUGGACCUCACGGUCAAGCUUCUUGUGGAAAGUGCCUCAGGGUGACAAACACAGGAACGGGAGCGCAGAUAACUGUGAGAAUUGUAGAUCAAUGCAGCAACGGAGGGUUAGAUUUGGAUGUAGGCGUGUUCAACCAAUUGGACACAGAUGGCAGAGGAUACCAACAGGGCCACCUAAUUGUCAACUAUCAGUUUGUGGACUGUGGGAAUGAACUGGAGUUGAUCAACCCUUUACUCUCAAUCCUCGAUGCUCACCAAUAAACUGCGUAAAUCUUCUGCUUUCUGUCUCUGUAACAAUAAUCAAUAAAUUAAAGUGACCGUGUGAGUAAUUAACAGAGUGUGAGACUAGAGUAUAUGUUUCCAUUAGGAAAGACAUCAUACUCUACGUGCUCAUGCUUAGAAUAAUCCUUUAGGCAUGGAUUUUGUUAUCCUUAAUGAGAUGAAAAUCAUGCAU